AUGAAGCGUGGCGUAUCUUCCCUUUUUUUUUUCUUUAUUUCUUUCUUUCUUUCUUUAUUUCUUUCUUUCUUUUUGCAUAUCCUUCCGACCUUCUUUUAUUCCCUUGGUCUUUCUUUCCGUCAUUCACUAACUAACAUUCUUUAUUUCUCUCUUUCAUCUAUAUCUCAUUUUCAGUUCCUUUCAUUUCUCUUUUCUUUCUUUUUCUUUCUUUCUUUCUUUCUUUCUUUCUUUCUUUCUUUCUUUCUUUCACCUGUACAAUCUUGGUUCUUAUUUUCUUAUCUCUUUUUUUUUCACCUAAAUUUCUUUUUUUUUUUUUUAAUUCAACCGACGUGUUUUCGUUCUUUCGCCCUUCCCCCUUUUCCAAAUAUUACUAUUUUAACGACGCCUCAUUCCUCCUUCGUUAAUCUUCCUUUAUCUUUCUUUCUUUCUGUAUUUUUCUAUUUUAAUCAUCACAUUUCUCUUUCUUACCUUCUUUUUUUCUUUUAUAUUCCUUUUCUCUUUUUCUUUACUUUCCCUAUUUUUGUUUUUCGUUACAUCUCAUUAUUUUCUUUCUUUCUUUCUUUCUUUCUUUCUUUCUUUCUUUCUUUCUACUAUAUUUCAUUUAUAAUUUAUGUUACUACAAUCUUAUUCUUUCUUUCACUUACUAUUUUUAUUACUAAAACCACCUUCUACCCCUCCCCCUUCUUCUUUCUCUCUUUUUUCCAUUCCAUCUUCUUCUCUCUUUCUUUCACUUACCAUUUAUAUUACUACCACAGCCACAUCCUCCUCCUCCUUUCUUCUUCUUCUUGUUCGUUCCAUCUUCUCCUUUCUUUCUUUCACUUACCAUUUAUAUUACUACCACACAUUUCUUCUUCUUCUUCUUCUUCUUCUUCUUCUUACCGUUUUUGA